CCAUUCGCAGUCAAUAAUUAUAUCAGAUCUGGAGAGGCUGAUCUCUCACGUGGAUUAGUCCAGACAAAUCAUCAGGGAUACCACGUAAAAUCUCGUGUCUUCUUGCGUUUAUUCUCGAUUUUACAUGGCAUCGGAGCCUAGGUUCAGGUAAUUCCGCUUCCAACUUCCGUGCUUGUCAUUCUCCAUGGGUGAUGACGAAACGUCGAAGAAUCCGCAGACUUCUAGCGCUGGUCUGAAAGGCGAGUUCUCAAUGAAUCAAGGAUUCGACGUAACUUCAGAAUUUUUCUUACAUCCAUCGGACAUCAAUGGUCAGCUCCAAGUUUCUGAAGUCCUCACCUCGUCCAAUUAUGGUGAGUGGGUCGUUGACGUAACAAAUGCCCUAAUAGUCAAGAAUAAGUUCGGUUUUGUUGAUGGUAGUAUUCCACAGCAUAUGGCCGAUCCCGAGUUAAAAGCGUGGAGUCGUUGUGAUGCAUUCGUUAAAGGAUGGCUACGUAUAUCCAUGGAUAAAGAGGUACAGAGCAGUGUUCGCUAUGCGAAAACAGAAAUAGAGGUAUGGAUCGAUUUGAAGCAACGUUUUGGCCAAGGUAUUCUUACUCGUGGGUACGAGCUUCGUCACAUGCUUAGUGGAUUGUAGCAAGAAAAGCUUUCAGUAUCCAUCUUCUCCACUCGGCUGUGCACCAUAUGGGAGGAAGUGAAGUCGAUGUCCCCUCCGGAAAAGUGCAUAUGAAAUUAUAUAUGUGACUUGGAGCGCAGAAUUUGAUCCAAGGCUGAAACCUCACGUCUCCCUGACUUUCUUAUGGGCUUGGAUGAAAGUUUUGGGAUAGUUCGAAGUCAAAUAUUAACUAUGAAACCAUCACCAAGUUUGAUUGAGGCUUACGACAUUGUGUCCAUGGAUGAACAACAACGAAUCCUCACUCAAAAGCGUCGUCCCUCACCUGAGGCAGCUGCCUUCGCAGCCAAGAAUUCCAGUGAGCGUGGAGAUCGUUCGGACAGGAGCGAUCGAGCUGAUCGACCGUCUGGACCAAUAACUAGUGAUGGUAAAC